UUAAGAACGUGGUAUAUUUAAUUGACAUUCGAUUACGUGUCUCAUGAAAUAGUGAUGAGAAUUCAAGUAAACUACGUGCUGUCAUAUAACGAUUUGUAAUCUGAAAUUACACAAAUAAAAACAAGUAAAACAAAAUUUUAUCUAACGUCUAACAACUAACACCACGAAACCAAACCAACAAAAUAUGUAUGUACUAUAUAAACAUCUUUGUAUAACACAUAGUUAACGUAACGGAAACGCAAACGUGCUUAAAGUUUAGACCAAGGCAUGAGUGUGUAUGUCUGUAUACCAUAAAAGUUUUGAAAUAAAAUUUGACUACCAAACCAACAAUCAACGAAACCAAAGUAAUUCGUUAGUGAAAAUCCAAAACAACAAAUACCAUGAUAUUAAAGUGAAAUUGUUGCUAACUUGCAACAAGCGUACCAACCUACAAUAAAACUCCCCCCUAAAAAAAUCAAAAAUGAUUUUAAGAAUUCUACAAUUGUAAAGUAAAAAAUCUAACGUUCGUUUCGGUACCUUUUUUGGUUGUCCUUCACCUUUUUUUUCAAUUUAUUUUGCAUUUAGUGUUUUUUGGCAUCUAAAUCGAAUUUUACCUAGUUCUUGACAUCCAAAUGUACCAUAAAAGUGCGAGUAUUUUAACCAAAACGUGACACAUGGCUAUGUACUAUUAUGCUAGUAAAAUAUCAGCCAUUGCUUGUGGUACACGUUGUAGACAAACGGUUUUACAAAAAUCUCGCGGUCAACGUGAUCGUGAUAAAAAUCAUCAUCACAAUCAUACACAGCACCUCCAUCAUCAUCAUCCACACCAUAACAAUCGCCAUCAUGCCGGUUCGUAUGGUACCGAUUGUACAACAGAUACCGAUGAUGAAUUGGACUCCGAUGGCAUUUGUAUUCGCAUGCAAACGCGUAGCGAUAACAAUGAAUAUAAUGGCAGUGGUAGUGGUAUGGCUUCGGAUGGCCGCAUUUAUGUUACUAAUACAAAUGAUAAUGGCACGACGGAAACAUCGGUGUCCACACUGGUGGCUGCUGCAAAUGGUACGACGAAUGUUAGCAGCGGCACUAACAACAAUACGGAUGGCAUCCGGUAUAGAAGGCGUUAUAGUGAACAAUUGGAUGCAUACGAUAUUGAGCUUGGGUUUCAAAAGUUUGAGGUUUCCUCUACAAACACAACUAAAAAUUCUAUCAACGGUUACGGUUUGGGUUACACAAAUCUGGCCAAUAAUGAUUUAGUACAGUAUGAUGUACCCAAGAAUACACACAAACGUAGUCAAUGUGAUGUCAAUUUUGAGAGUUCUGUACUGGGUUCCGGUGGAAUAAUGUAUAUAAAUGGUAGAAUAGUUUCUGGCCCAUUGGAAUCUCUAGUUGAUGUUUUAGUGCCAAAAAAUAUAAUAGAUUUGGAUAAGGAAUUUAUUUUUUCAUUUUUACUAUCAUCACGUUUAUAUUUACGACCCCAUGAAUUGUUGGGUAAACUAUUAUCCUCAGUACCUGAUAGUGAAUCAUUAGAAUCAUUGGUAGCAUUAUUAGCUGAAUGGACAAAUAAGUUUCCCUAUGAUUAUCGCGAUGAACGAAUGAUGAGCCAUGUUAAACAUAUCGUUGCCAGAUGUUCCAAUACACGUUUAGAAGCCAUUGUUUCGGAAAUAUUGAGUGCCUUGUUAAAACGUUUGACUGAUUUGGAAAGACACGAAGAAGAAUUACGCUCCUGUCAAACAUCAAAUAAUGUAGCAGCAACAGCCACAAUAGCAACAUCAGCGGCAGCAGCCACAUCAACGGAAAAGUGUGAUGCCAAACUAUUUGAAUGCCCUACAUCUACACAAUAUGCACAAAUUUUAUGCCGCAUAGAAAAAAAGUUAGCCAAACAUAUUGGACCGGAGGAAUUCGUACAGUGCAGUAGUAAUGUUUUAUUAGAUAAGCAGAAAAAAUGGGACCAACCAUCAUCCUCGGGUGGACCACCAGGCGUACAAGAUCCCAAAAAGACAUGUAAUUUGGAAACAUAUCUAGAUUGGUCAGCACGUCUACGUUUAUUUGUAUGCAACGAAAUACUGCAGUGUGGUGGCAUACAAGAGCGCAGCAGAUGUGUUGAACUGUGGAGUGGUGUGGCACAAUACUGUUUGUUGGUUGGAAAUUACAAUAGUGCCACAGCUAUAUUGGAAACAUUAGAAUCACCGCCAAUAGCACGUUUAAAAAUCACGUGGAGUAAAUUACAAGUGACAUGUCAGCAAUUGGAUUGUAUGCAACGUCAUGCCGAAGGCCAUGGAAAUUUGUGGCAUAAACAGGCAAUCGUCUUAAAUGAAAACCAUCAUCAACAACAAUUGCACGAACAGCAGAGGCAACAACAGCAACAUCAACAGCAGCAGCAACAAAUGCUACAACAAAAGACUGAUAUAAAUUUAGCAUUAGCAAACCAACUUAUAUUAUCGACAUCAUCAUCAACGGCAACAAACGUAACAGCAUUAACAGAUACAACAACGACUACCACAACAACAACGACAGCGGAAGUGGAAGUCGAAACGGAAACAUCCUCAACAGUGUUAAGUGCGGUUUCUCAUGAAGAAGCGGGCAUGGCAACAGCAACAACAUCACCAUCAUACGGCUCAUCAAUAAUAAAGGGGGCAAUAACAGCAUCAACACCAUUGUCCUCAUCACCUAUACCACCACAACUACAACUGCCACAAACCACAGAAGAUGUUGCACAAAAAACAUCACCCAACAUCUCUCCCAUCGUCCAUCUACAAACGCCAUCAACAAAUGCAUUAAAUUCUUUUAACGUCAUACCAUCAGCGCAUAACGUAACGACAGCAAAGGCUUCUUCCUCAUCCGUCAGCAAACCUAAUGAUUGGGUUGUAAUUCCGGUGUUUGCGGAUAUUGUUAAAUUAGCUCUGGCAGGACGUGAAGACUGUUUGCAACGUUUACCAAAUGGUCACAUAAAUAUUAAUGCUUUUGAUCGCAUGGCAGCCAUAGUGGGAGCUUUUACCAAACACAUGCAAUCUGUUAAAACAACAGAUGCACCAACAGCAGCCGUAGCAUCGUCACCAACACCAGUCACAACAUCAUCCGCAUCAACAGCAACAGCUAUGCCAGCCUUACAGCCACCAACAAAUUCUAUAGCCAUUGCAACACCAGCAGGUGAAUACGAAAUGUUUUGUCGCCAUAUGCAGAAAAUAACAAAACUAAGUGAAAACG